UGACAGUGGAGGUGUCCUGACGGUGGAGCCUGCACCGGAAGCGACCUCAAAGUGGAGGUCUGCAGCCAGGACCCUCUGUUUAUUUCAAGAGGUCCUGGCUGCAGACCUCCACAUGUUCGGAAGUGUGUAGGUAAACAACGGGAGCUGGUUCGGAGUCUCGGUUCUUUACGCUUCACGUGCUCGCUGGAGGUGCGUGUCACGCACGGUGACUGAGCACGGCGAGCCAGCGGUCACGUUACGUAAGCGCGCAGCCGCCACAGCAGGCAUUUAAACCGCGAGUGUGCGAAGCUGCCACGACUGAAAGUUUUCCUCCGGCGGCAGCGGCAGCACCUCCACCCCGCACUCUUCAUCUCCUCUCAUCUCUCACCUUCGUCUUCGUCACCAUGUCCUCCCGCAACAACGGCGCGCGCUUCGACGAGGCCCGGAGGGUGGCGAUAUUCGGCGGAACGCACGGCAACGAGAUGUCCGGCGUGACGCUCGUGAACCUGUGGGUGAAGAACGGCGCCGAGAUCCAGAGGAAGAGGGUGGACGCCAAACCCUUCAUCACCAACCCGCGGGCCGUGGAGAAGUGCACCCGGUACGUGGACACGGACCUGAACCGAGCCUUCACCCCGGAGAACCUCAGGUAAACACCCGCGGGACACGGGGCUGCUGCCGCCGCUGUUCUGGUUGUGCUGGUUGUUCUGGUAGUGCUGGUUGUUCUGGUUGUUGUCGUAUAUGUUGAAUAUCUUGUGUUUUUGUUGGUUUUGAUUUUCCAGAAAGCCAUCGCUCCAGCAAGUUGUCUUGUUCUGCUGAAUGAACAUCCCCUUCUAAAGUAUUCCACUUCACGCUCUGUGGCCAAGCACCCUGUUGGUCUGGAGGUGGGUCCUCAGCCUCAAGGUGUAUUGAGGAGUAACAUCUUUGAAGCUAUGAGGGUGAUACUGAAACAUGCCCUGGACUUCAUCGAACUGUUUAAUGAAGGAAUGGAGUUCCCUCCCUGCACGGUGGAGGUUUUCCGGGUCUUAGAGAGGAUCGACUACCCUAGAGAUGCCAAUGGGAACAUCAUUGCCAUGGUGCACCCAAAUCUACAGGAUGGUGACUGGGAGCCGCUGAACCCCGGUGACCCGAUGUUCCAAACGUUUGACGGGAAGACCCUCCACUACCAGGGCUCCGGCACCGUCUAUCCCACUUUUAUUAACGAAGCGGCCUAUUAUGAAAAACAACAGGCCUUUAUGACCACCAGACGAGAAACCUUGGUAGCAAGUGCUAUCAGAAAAGCAUGAAAACUGCUUUGUGCGGCUGACAGUGCUCGUGAACACAUAUGGUAGCCAUGGCAACAAACUGUGUGUAGAUUUUGCACUCUGUUAGCAACUGUAAGACUUUUCCUCACUUAAUGACUAGAUGCCAUCGUUUACGCACUGAUUUCAUUUCUUUAUGCAUUUGCUAUCAGAAAAAUCAAUUAACUAUGCAAAGAGAACCUGUGGAGGCUUUGCAAAGAGUCACUGUGAACGUCUUUGAGCUGAAGACUGGUGUAUUGUUGUGGUUAGUAUUUAUGAUACGGUUCUUAUUUAAAAAUAUAUUUACAUUACAUCAGCUAAGUUUUUUAUGAUAUUAAAGACCAGGUCUAUUCACUGAUGGAUUAUGAAUCUUUACACAACACUUUAAGUUUCCUACUACUGCUCAGGAAGGCCAACAAGGAUCAUAACCUGCAACCUUUUACCCAAAACUGUCGUUGUUUGUCUUCUUCUGAAAAUAUAUUUGUAACAUCUGUCGGAGGGUGUUUGUGGCCUUUGAUACUACCUACCUGUAACUCUAGUGGUUGCAUCUGUGGUGCUGUCCUAUCACUGCCUUAAUGAAGAUUUCUGAUAAAAUUGCACAACAAAUUAAGAGUGGAAUUUGUAGAUUAUACGUGUUGGAUAACAAAAAUAUAAUUUUGAUAAGAAACAGUUUAUGUCCUGUUCCUCUAUACAAAAUGGGAUGCAGUUUUAAAAGUAUUUUAUAGUAAUAUAUUUGUGUGUAAUUUGAUAUACUUGUACUGUAUAUUGGUUUUAAGUGAUGUAUAGGACUUGUUGAAUCGUGGUUUGCAUAUGUACUUUCUAAUGUUUUUACGUCUUUGUUGUGUCUAAGUGUGUCACUGUUGUCUAAAUAAUUCAUUUUCAUUCAGCAAUAUUUUUGGUAGCACAAUUUAUAUGAUUAGUCAACCUCACUGUCCUUGAAAUCCUGUGGAAAUGAUCCGAUCAAUAAAUAUAGUACUGUGCUA